GCUGACUUCAGCUCCGAUUCCAGGCUGAGGGAAGGAGCGGAUGCCUUCUUGGAGGAGGAAGCCUGGCUUUAGUACCCAGGAUGCCGGAGGCGGUUGGAGUGGCGAUGGCAUUUAUCGAGCCCCAGCCGAGAGCCAUACGCACGGUGUGGCAUGGCGUGGCAUGUGGUGAUCCGGCUGCGGAAGCCGACCCGCUUGGUCAACAGCAGGGGCCUUGUGACAGAACUUCCCUCAGACUGACAGAGGAAGGUUUGCAUCCACUGUGGCCCAACAACUGAGCCAAGUGACACCUGUUCCCGUGGAUUCUGUCUUCCCUGCUUUCCCACAUGGUUUACAAGCAGAUCCCCAGCCUCUGAGCUUAGGGAGGAGACGGCCAAUUGCAGAAUGACCACGGAACCCAUUAAGGAGAUCGGAGGGGCGCCCAAGGGCCCCGAGCCCAUCGCGAUGGAGAAGAGUCUCAGCGAGGGGCCUGUCACCUCGGUGCCCCUGGUAAGUGAGAUCCAGCUGACUGCUGCCACGGGGGGAGCCGAGCUCUCUUGCUACCGCUGCACCAUUCCCUUCGGCGUCGUCAUCUUCAUCGCUGGGGUGGUGGUCACUGCCGUAGCUUACAGCUUCAACUCCCACGGCUCCAUCAUCUCGGUCUUUGGACUGCUCCUCCUGUCCUCGGGUGUCCUGCUCUUGGCCUCCAGUGCCUUGUGCUGGAAGAUCAGGCAGAGGCACAAGAAGGGCAAGAGGCGGGAGAGCCAGACGGCUCUCGUGGUCAACCAGAGGAGCCUCUUUGCCUAGGGAUGCCUCAGUCUCUGGGGUCCCCUCUUUCGACUCACCUGAACCCGCGUAGGGGGAAGUGGAUGGUCCAGGAUAGGAAUUACCCUGAGGAGGAUGGAGAGACGCUCUUUGGAUUGUCUCGUGCCUCUAAUGACAAGAAGGGCCAGUGUUCAUGAAGACUGGAAAUAUCAUCUCUCCGCCCUGUCCCUGAAGGGCAGAGAAGGAGCUGGCGCUGAGCUAGUGUCCGAGGCCGGACGUCCCCGAUGACCGACGCAGAGAUCCAGCUUUGCUGACCAUCAUCCCCACGGCAAGGUUGGACCUGGUGAGAUGUUGGAAUCAGCUUUAAGAGUCGAAGACACCUCUGACUUCCCACACGUUUCCUGGAAAAGCUCUGAUUUUCCUGAAACUCGCUUAAUAUUUACAGGUCUCUGCCCGUGUUUCUCUUCCAAUAAAUUAUCAUCGCUGGUACUUUUCCUCAAACACUAAACUUGGCUGCCGGAAAGAAGGAGGUAGCCAUCUGCUAGAAUCCAGUGUGGUGGAAGUUGUUGAGGCCUGAGCAUGGGCAGGAAACCUCCUUUUUGUAAAUUAAUUUUAAUGUGAUCCCGUCUAGCACUUUCAAUUUUUAUAUAAAAAAUUUAAAAAAUGUACACUUCAUUUAAAAUAAUAAAUACUCCGUGCUGCUAGAUCCCCUGAAAUGAUUUUCCAUGGUCUUCAUGGGCCAUUCACUGGAGUUUAAGUAGCUCCUUUCCCUGUUCACCCUAUAACAUGCUCAGAUUGUUUGUGGUGCAACUGAUUUCCUCUCUCUCCUGUCGGUGAAAUUUCCGUUGUAUCCUUCGUGUUAGAUGAGGGUGGAGGGGAACCAGCCGCCUUUCUCACACACAGGGGUUUUUGGUGAUUGUAAGUGCUGUAUCCAUCAGUCGAUCAGUGGCUUUUAUUGAGCCCUGGAGAGAGUCCAAUAGAUUGUUAGACAUGAUCCCCACCCUCACAGUGCUUACUAUGAGGUACGACUGGAAGUCGGAGGCAUGGAAAACCUGCCGCGUUAAAUUUUGAACUGGGGGAAGUGUGUUAGGUUGUUUUGGUCACCAGGGGGCGGAGGUGUGAUUGUGGUGCAAGGCAUUGGCUUGGACGUUGAGGAAAGUGGGACCACCAUAUUCUUCUCCUCCUCCUCCUCCUC